AUGGUUGCCUUGAGACGAUUUUUCCAUGCGGAGAAAUCUUCGCCGGCAAGCUCCGACGAUCAAGAUGCCCAGGCAGGCAGCCCAGGAGGCGAUGAUCAUCACGCGUCGCCUAACAUAAAGCCCUCUCAGCGCAUGGCUGCAGAAAACAACUGCCAGAAACCUGAAGAGCAGGGAGAUGUAACGCGCGGACGUAUGCAAUCGCGACCUCUUUCCGCUCGUUCGCAGGCGCCGCCAUCCCGUGCUUCAAAUCGUCCCCCGGAAAGAAACCCACGGCAUGUCGACUUGCUUGAUGCUUUGUUCUCUUCACACCGGUAUCACAUUCAGAGCGCUAGCACUUUAUCGCCAAUUACACCUUACAAUGAAGACAUAGCCGAACGGAACAUGGUCCCUUUCUUGAGAGGAUUAGCACUCAAGCAGAAAGCCUACUCACGUCCUGUCUCGGCCCUUUACCAGGAAGAGGUGGCAGACCGCAAUAUUUCUAAUAGCAGAAAUAACACUCGCUCCCUCUCCCGCAGUGCUAGCGCGCGAUCCCGAGCUACGCCUCCUCGUACCCGGCAGCUGGGUUCUCAAAGGUACGAAGAGGAUCGUCCUCUUUCAAGGGCCAAAGGCACAAUUAUGCCAAGGUCGUAUUCUCCAGAAAGUCUGGCCUCUGUGCCUCGAUCUCGGACUGAUGAGCGUGCUGGCUCUUCGAGAGAAGCAGCCUCUCAGAGGAGCAAUUUGCGGUCUCAGAGAUCAGCUCCAGACUUGCUAUCUGAACGGCUCAGUGCGCCUCAGGAAGAGGCCAGCUCAGGCUCGAAUGGAUAUUUGGGUGUCCCCCCAGCUUAUAAACAAGGCAAUAACUGGAGUAAUACGCCCUUGCCUGACAGUCCCACGCUACCAUUAUCGAUGAGACAUGAUAGCAGCAUGAAUGAGGACCAGUCUGUUAGGAAUGCACCAAGCACUCGAAGUGCUAAAAAGAACGUUCGUGACCUUUCCAUCAAUACGAAACUCGCGGCUCGAAAAAGUCCAACCACAAAAUUAGCACAUCGCGCCAUACAGCCGCCUACCCCAAGUGCUACUGACGCGAAGCAAGCUCCUAGCAUUGCAGAGGUUAUGAAUAGCCCUCUUCCUGUAGCAACUCCGACAUCCGUCUCCCCAUUGCCUCCCUUUAACGAAAAGGUUACGGAAAUCAUGGAUAUGUUCAAAGAGGCCUUCGCUUCGACACAAGUCGUGACACCCCAUCCUACCUUUGAAACUCUUCAGGAUGCUAUCGUUAGGGAAAUCAAUUCUCACGAAGCCUUUCAGCGUUUGUCUUUUCCUACUGAGCCGUCGCUCACACCUUCGCCCUCUCAAGAAUCCUUCGACAGAGCCCUUCAUGUGCCAUUGUGUCCGAGUUUAGGGCUGGAACGGAGUCUCUCCGCAAAGGAAGGUCAAUUCUCAAAAUUCAUCGGCAAGAGCUCCUUCAAAAAGCACAAGAGAAGUCCAGACCAACGCGAGAGCAUAUCCACGAGCGUGCCUUUAACGGCUUUCCGAGCAUCCGGUACUACAAGUCGACGGAGGCACACCGAUGCACCACUUCCAUCCAUAGGCUUUCUCGGUACUGGAGAGACGAAGCAGCAACAUAUCGAGAAACCCGGGGAGCAAAUGACCUAUAUGGACCUCCUUCUUAAAUCCGAAAAUUCUGACAAUAUUUCGAUUAAGCAGCAGCCUUAUGACAACCCCAACCAUUCUGUGUCUACAAAGACCAACUCGUCACACGGUGAAUUGGAAGAUAUUGGUAGGGCACCGUCUGUCCUGCACAUGUGCGCACAGGCCUCCCAAUCAAGAGACCAAACAAGCCACAGCCAGAUGAGCUAUUCAGAAGACGACAGCGACGACGAGAUUAUUCAAUUACCCAGUGUUGGCGAAAUGCCACAAGUCUAUCUUCAGACCGUCGAUCAGAACAACGUGACGUUCAUGACCAGGAAAAAGAUGACGCCCAGAAAUACAUACACGCUCUGGCCCCGGAAGCCAACUGCCAACGCCAAUACCGGAAGCACCAUCCCCAGUGACCGUGUUCCUUCUCGGACAUCGUCAAGAAAUGGAAAGCAGUUUUAG